AUGGACCUGAGCGCUGCCGCCGCGCUGUGUCUCUGGCUGCUGAGCGCUUGCCGUCCCCGCGACGGGCUAGAAGCUGCCGCGGUGCUCCGAGCGGCGGGGGCAGGACCAGCCUGGAGCCCCGGGGGCGGCGGCGGCGGCGGGCGGACCCUCGCCCCGGCUCCAGGCCCUUCAGCUCUCCAGGCCGCUGCGGUUCCGGGUCCCCGAGCUGUGCGCCGCGCUGCGGGUUCUGGCUUCAGGAACGGCUCGGUGGUGCCACACCACUUCAUGAUGUCGCUUUACAGGAGCCUGGCGGGGAGGGCUCCGGUCGCGGCAGCUUCAGGGCACGGGCGCGUGGACACAAUCACCGGCUUCACAGACCAAGCAACUCAAGACGAAACGGCGGCCGAGCCAGGCCAGAGCUUCCUGUUCGACGUAUCCAGCCUCUCCGAAGCAGAUGAGGUGGUGAAUGCGGAGCUGCGCGUUCUGCGCCGGAGGUCUCCGGAACCAGAUAGGGACAGUGCGACCCUCCUUCCGCGGCUGCUGCUGUCCACGUGCCCGGACGAGGCCGGCACAGCUCACCUGCUGCACUCCCGGGCCGCCGAGCCCCUGGGCGGUGCGCGCUGGGAAGCGUUCGACGUGACGGACGCGGUGCAGAGCCACCGCCGCUGGCCGCGCGCCUCCCGCAAGUUCUGCCUGGUGCUGCGCGCGGUGACGGGCUCGGAGAGCAGCCCGCUGGCCCUGAGACGACUGGGCUUCGGUUGGCCGGGCGGUGGCGACGGCGGCGGCACUGCUGCCGAGGAGCGCGCGCUGUUGGUGAUCUCCUCCCGUACGCAAAGAAAAGAGAGUCUGUUCCGGGAGAUCCGAGCCCAGGCCCGCGCUCUCCGGGCCGCUGCAGAGCCGCCACCGGAUCCAGGACCAGGCGCUGGGUCUCGCAAAGCCAACCUGGGCGGUCGCAGGCGGCGGCGGACUGCGCUGGCUGGGACUCGGGGAGCGCAGGGAAGCGGUGGUGGCGGCGGUGGCGGCGGCGGCGGUGGCGCAGGCAGGGGCCACGGGCGCAGAGGCCGGAGCCGCUGCAGUCGCAAGUCACUGCACGUGGACUUUAAGGAGCUGGGCUGGGACGACUGGAUCAUCGCGCCAUUAGACUACGAGGCAUACCACUGCGAGGGCGUUUGCGACUUUCCUCUGCGCUCGCACCUGGAGCCUACCAACCACGCCAUCAUUCAGACGCUGCUCAACUCCAUGGCGCCCGACGCUGCGCCAGCCUCUUGCUGCGUACCCGCACGACUCAGUCCCAUCAGCAUUCUCUACAUCGACGCCGCCAACAACGUGGUCUACAAGCAGUACGAAGACAUGGUGGUGGAGGCCUGCGGCUGCAGGUAGCAUGCGGUCUGGGGAGGGUCUGGCCGCCCAGGACCCUGGCUGAAGAGCACAUGUCAUCAGGCCCGAGGGACGGCGGACUAUGGCCUCUGCCAGCACAGAGGAGAGCACACAGUUAACACUCACAUUUACACACUCCUUCACUCACGCACAUGUUUACCGUGGACGGCAGGCGCUAAAAGCCUUGCUUAUUUGCUACCAUUGAUACAAACCUCUGUCCUUUUUGGGAGAGGGAAGGGCAUCUGUGUUUAUGUUGCAGUAAUUGGCACGAAAUCCUAGUAGAAACGGGUUAGCAUUGGAUUCUCCUUUUAGUUGGAGGCGGUGUGGCUGGAUUCCUGACAUUGGCUAUGGAGUGCACUGCAGGGCUGUGAUACCCAGAGUCUCUGGAUGUGGGCAUUGGGAAUCUUCAAAAGUAAGGAGCCGUGGGGCUUGGGAGGAAGCACCCGUUUCCUAAACAAGUCUGAUGCGGUACUGGCUCAGUUUUGAAAAGGAAGCUUUAUCCAAAAGAAUGUGUUGUGUUGCAAAAUGCCAACACAGACUUUUAAAACUUCAUUCCAAUUAGGAAUGAUCUGGAAAGUAGAAAGAAUAGUUUUCUCCGGAGGGUGUGUGUGAAAUGGAGGAGACAGGUGAGGAACAGGAUAGGAUCUGCCAGGUUUAGGAGUGUCUAGAAGGUGCCAAGAGGAUUUCCUAAGGGGUUGUCAGGGAUACAGUGUCCUGGGGCCACCAGCAUCAGCCCAGGAUUCAAACCCAUUUGCCAGAUAGGCACAGCCCCCUCCAAAAGGCAAUGAGUGUGGUAGCCUGUGUGUGCCUUUCACUGUGUUCGUUGCUAUUUUUUUGGCAGCAAGGCGGAGUGAAGCCACACCAACACCUUUGUCAGACCUAAACACACAGCCUGGACAUGCAGGGCUGGAGGAAGCAGGGUUCCGCUCCUACACUGUGGAAUGAGAAGGUGGCAAGCCUGUCUCCCAUCUCCAGAGUUUUUGUUCUGCAGAGCCCUUUGAUUUCUUGGUGCCAGUUCAUCCUUUGGGGCCUCCUGUCAGUGGCCAGGGAAACAGAAACAAGCUGGGCUGCACCUGUUGAGAGUCAGAGGACCACUUUGACAACAGUACCCUAGGUUUUCCACUUUGACAGUACCCUAGGCUUUCCACUUUGACAGUACCUGAGGUUUCCCACUUUGACAGUACCCUAGGUUUUCCACUUUGACAGUACCCGAGGUUUCCCACUUCAGGUUUUAGGGGAGGAGUCAACUCUGCACUUGUCCUGAAUGCCAAGGCCCAUGACGUUUACAGGUCUUUUAGUUUUUAGUGGAUACUCCCGAGAGAAGGAAGGAUGGACAUUUAGAUUCAGCUAAUUUAUUUAAGAGUCUCAUCUGAGUCCUUUUCAUUUUGUAAAAUUUCCUCCCAAGGGGAAAAUAAUCCAUGUAUAAUUUAUUCUUAAAAUGAAGACUUCUCUCCUUUUAGAAUGUGAACUUAUAUGACUGGGGAUCUCUGUAACCAGAAAAUGCAAUUAUUUUAUCAUUUUUUCUUUUAAAUCAUAAAGUGGCUACUCUUGAUAUAAUUUCAUCUUUGGGGGAGGUGUGCCUGGGCAGAAAUGUGCAUCCAGACUUCUUGAUUCUGCCAGGGAAACCUCCCUUUUCUGUUUUAGAUGAUGUAAUAGUGGCUGUUCUGAUG